AUGCCACAGACCCACUUACAAGACAUCAAAAAAAGCCAUUCAAAGCUGCAAGACCGACAAACCAAGAUAUUGCAUAAACAUCACAUGAAAUCAAAACAUCAUGACAAGACAGACAAUGAAUCUGUGAAAAAGUUACCAAACUGGCAAGUUGUGCUGAAAUUCUGCAUCACUAUAAUGGAGUUUGACAUCGCAAUGAAGACAGAAUGGAUGAAAAAGCUAGGAAGAAAGAAAAA